UUCAAGAAGACAGCGAGUGAGAAAGAGACAGCUUAGAGAGAAAGCGAUAGUUCGUUCACUCUUCGCUUUCUGAGAGAAUCUCAAAACCCCAAAACGUCUUGAGAGUGAAUACAUUCACAACUCUUCUUUUCUUAGCAAAAAAACAAAACAAAAAUGAAGAAACUUGUUCAUCUUCAGUUUCUGUUUCUUGUCAAGAUCUUUGCUACUCAAUUCCUCACUCCUUCUUCAUCAUCUUUUGCUGCUUCAAAUCCUUCUAUAGCUCCUGUUUAUACCACCAUGACUACUUUCUCUCCAGGAAUUCAAAUGGGAAGUGGUGAAGAACACAGAUUAGAUGCACAUAAGAAACUCCUGAUUGGUCUUAUAAUCAGUUCCUCUUCUCUUGGUAUCGUAAUCUUGAUUUGCUUUGGCUUCUGGAUGUACUGUCGCAAGAAAGCUCCCAAACCCAUCAAGAUUCCGGAUGCUGAGAGUGGGACUUCAUCAUUUUCAAUGUUUGUGAGGCGGCUAAGCUCAAUCAAAACUCAGAGAACAUCUAGCAAUCAGGGUUAUGUGCAGCGUUUCGAUUCCAAGACGCUAGAGAAAGCGACAGGCGGUUUCAAAGACAGUAAUGUAAUCGGACAGGGCGGUUUCGGAUGCGUUUACAAGGCUUCUUUGGACAGCAACACUAAAGCAGCGGUUAAAAAGAUCGAAAACGUUAGCCAAGAAGCAAAACGAGAAUUUCAGAAUGAAGUUGAGCUGUUGAGCAAGAUCCAGCACUCCAAUAUUAUAUCAUUGUUGGGCUCUGCAAGUGAAAUCAACUCGAGUUUCGUCGUUUAUGAGUUGAUGGAGAAAGGAUCCUUAGAUGAUCAGUUACAUGGACCUUCGUGUGGAUCCGCUCUAACAUGGCAUAUGCGUAUGAAGAUUGCUCUAGAUACAGCUAGAGGAUUAGAGUAUCUCCAUGAACAUUGUCGUCCACCAGUUAUCCACAGGGACCUGAAAUCGUCUAAUAUACUUCUUGAUUCUUCCUUCAAUGCCAAGAUUUCAGAUUUUGGUCUGGCUGUAUCGGUUGGAGUGCAUGGGAGUAACAACAUUAAACUCUCUGGGACACUUGGUUAUGUUGCCCCGGAAUAUCUCCUAGACGGAAAGUUGACGGAUAAGAGUGAUGUCUAUGCAUUUGGGGUGGUUCUUCUUGAACUUUUGUUGGGUAGAAGGCCGGUUGAGAAAUUGAGUCCAUCUCAGUGUCAAUCUCUUGUGACUUGGGCAAUGCCACAACUUACCGAUAGAUCGAAACUCCCAAACAUCGUGGAUCCGGUUAUAAAAGAUACAAUGGAUCUUAAGCACUUAUACCAGGUAGCAGCCAUGGCUGUGUUGUGCGUUCAGCCAGAACCGAGUUACCGGCCGCUGAUAACCGAUGUUCUUCACUCACUUGUUCCAUUGGUUCCGGUCGAACUAGGAGGGACUCUCCGGUUAACCCGAUGAUUGAUGAUAAGCCACUUCCAAAUACAUAUUUAUAGUUUGCCUCGUUUUAUCCUUGUAUAGUAUUAUCAUCCGAACAUCUCAAAAGUUUGGGGGUGUAAGAAUGUGAGAUUAGAAGUCUACUAGGGUUGUUGAGUUUAUAAAUUCCCACAUCACGUUUUAUGACUAGUGUGUAUUUUUUGUAUAUUCGAAAUGUAGAGAUUGAUGAAAGUUUGUGUUUGAAAGAGUAUUGUAUAUUAACU